CAAUUCAACGGACUCACGUGUUUUUGUUUACGUAACUGUAGAUAAUCUGUCACGUGAGUUUAGUUACAUUAAGUGCAUAUUUAUGUCAGCCGAUAUGAGAGCAAGUUGUAUACAGUAAAGGAACAGGAGUUGUGACCUAUUCAACAGAGGAGGAAAAAAGGCUGAAACAUUGUAUCUUACCAUGCUCCACUGACGUGGUUUCAUCUGCUGUAUUCACGCUUUAGGUGUUUAAUGAGAUAACGAGUACAGAGAGAAAAUUUUGGCAGAAGGAAGGAACCGUCAACUAAAACCAUGACAUCAUCGGCACGCAGAGAUGGAGAUGGAAGUCAUAUUAAAUAUGAAAUCCUCCACCAAGACGAGGAGGCGGAGGACCAGAGCAACCGGGAUAUGGCUGCAGUGACUAAAAAUGACGAGGAGCAAGGUGCGGGGUGGUGGACGACCAUAACACCAUAUAAGGUAUUUGUGCUGGUACUUCUGUUGCUGGCCUUCCUGUUAAACCAGCUGGACCGCUUCAUGCUCGCCAUCACCAACAGAUCUAUUGCUCAGGAAAUCCAUUAUGGUGACAAGGGCUGCAUGGCUAAUACCACCUUUACCAAAGCUGAACUUGAAGGCAUCAAAUGUGAGAACAUCAUAUCACAGUCCAACUGUACAUCAACCUUGAACAACGAGACCAGUCUGGUGUGUAAGUGGGAUUACAACGGCCAGGGCCUGCUGUACCAGAUCAUCGCUGGCCCCGUGUUCAUCGUCAUCUUUACAUUCUCGGGAAUAUUUGUCGGAUUCAUGGCUGACAAGUAUAACCGAAAGAAUCUACUGGCCGUUUGUUGUAUAUUUUGGUCGGUGAUGACGCUACUUAUGGGAUUUGUCCAGGACUACUGGCAGUUGGCACUUCUCCGCUUCGGCCAGGGCCUGGGGGAAGCUGGAUGUACUCCGUUUGCUGCCUCCAUUAUAGCCGACUACUUCACGCCAGAGACACGAGGACUGGCUAUAGGAAUCUACAACUGGGGUAUCUAUAUGGGGUACAGCCUAGCCUACGCCUUUGGUAACUUUGUUACACUGGCCAACAUCAACGGCCAGGGAUGGAGAUGGUCCUUUUUCCUGUCUGGAGCUCCAGGAAUUAUCCUUGGAGUUGUUAUAUUCAUAGCUCUGAAAGAGCCAGAAAGGCAAAGAGACACCAGCAAAGGAGAUGAUAAAACUCCUGUAAUAGAGUUAACAGCUGGGGAAAAAAUUAAAAAACUCGCCAGGUAUUUUAUCAGACCUUCAGUGCUUCUGAUCUGCCUGGCAGGAUCUAUCAGGAAUGCAUCGGGAUAUGUGUUUGCCUACAGUACACAGCCAUACUUCACUCUGAUUGGUCAGACGAAGGAACAGAUUGGUACCUGGAUGUCAUGGAUACCGCUCGUAGGCGGUAGUCUUAGCGUACUGGUCGGAGGUUUUAUUGCCGACCGAGUCGUCAAGAAACGAGGAUUGUAUGGCAGAAUAUCUAUUAUAUUUAUAAGCCUGAUCAUAGCGUCACCUUUUGCAGCUGGCACCCUCUACUUUGACCCACCUGCUGCCUUUGCCUUCCAGAUACCUACUUACUUAUUUGGUGAGAUGUGGAUUGGUAUCACGUUAGCUGUCAUCGUGGAGCUGAUGCCUGUUGAUAUCAGGACGACAGGUAUCGCCCUCUACCUGUUUAUUAUCACAAACAUUGGCGGCAAUGUUCAGCUCCUCAUACCCAGUAUACGGGACGCAUUUGAAUCUGCCGAAUACAGCAAGUCUGAGGCGUGGAGAGCCACACUCUACAUCCUGUACCCUGGACCUUACAUUUACGGAGCUCUUGUCUACAUCCUGGUCUUCUUUGUCAUCAAGCGUGACCUGAAACGUGCACAAAGCAGCAACUAUCAUGAGAUGGGACCAAGUGGAGAAGGCAAAUAGGACACGAUAGUCUUUGUAUAGAGUCCAAACUGGAAUCAUUCCAACAGAUUUCAGUAUGCCAUAUCAUUCCUAAGUAGACUUAUCAACAUGAUGUAGGAAUACUUCUACAUAAGUCUCAUGGUCGACUUUGGCAGCAGAAUGUUUAUACAAAAUUAGAACAAUAAUUAUUAUUGUAUAAAUUAUCUGCAGAACCCUGUCAAUUUAUAAAGAUCAGUAUUUCCUGUGGAUUUUGGUCUGACUUUUGGACAGAUGGGAGGCAACAAACACAUCUGAGUAGUACAUCUGGUCCCAGAGUGAGGCUCAGUUAUAGGCUGUAUCAAAAUACAUAGACUGUAGAUGGUACAUACCCCGGUACUCAAGUUAAAAAUCUGUUGUCUGGUGAAACAAGGUGGGUCUAGAUGGCUGCCAUUUAUAUAGUUAGACAGGGUUACAUCUUACAUUCAGACAGCAAAUUGUAUUUAGAGAAUUGCUAUUCUACUGUCAAAUAUGUGUGGUUUCCCUACCAAAUAUUGGUGGUAGUUUCCAAAAUCUAUGAAAAUAUCAUUAUAUUUCAAAAUGUUUAAAAGGUACAAGAAUCUGAAAAAAAGGGUACCAUUUUGUAAUAGGUAAGACAUGGAAAUUGGAAUUGUAAGAGUGAAUUUUUUAUAGACAUGGGAGUAAACAUUGUAAGAGUGAUUGUGUUAUAAUUAAGGUUGCUUUCAUUUAUUCUGGUUGAAACAGUUCAGGUGGCACAGAAAUAAUCUGCAGUAAGCUAACUCACUUAGACUAGGUCUGUGCUGAACAUAUACAGGACUGAGCUAAAACCUGCACAGUUUUUAAUUUCAUGACAAAUAAAUAAUAACAUAUCAAAACUAAUAUGUGCUUCUGUCAUACAUGCAAGGUAUUUCAUUACAUUCCUGAAAAUAUACAUGUGAAUCAACCUUGUUUUAAUAAAUGAGUGACUGUUUUAUGAUUAAGACAAGGAAGUAAGAUUUGUAAGAGUGAAUUUUUCAUAAUUUUAGACAGGAAAGUCAAGACUUUUUAGAGUGAAUUGUGUUUUUCUUAUGACAAGGAAUUUAAAAUUGUUAAACAGUUAAUGUUUUAUAGAAAGGAGUGUAUGAAUUGUAGCAGUGAAUGUUUCUGAGUUAAUUAAUACAUUGAAGUAAGAGUUGUAGCUGUAAAUAUGUUGGAGAAUCUGAAGGUGUGUGGGAGAUACUCGUGUUGGAGAAUCUGAAGGUGUGUGGGAGAUUCUCGUGUUGGAGAACCUGAAGGUGUGUGGGCGAUACUCUUGUUGGAGAACCUGAAGGCGUGUGGGAGAUACUCGUGU